UAGACCAGUCUGUUCAACGAGAAUUGCAGACCCGACUGGCAGCCUAAACACGCAAUAGCUGACCUCGAGCCAUGUCAUGGUGGGGAAACAGAAGGGGGUGGGGAGCCCACAAUCGUGUCAGACUAGAAAAACCACAAUAAAUAACAUUGCGACUUUUAACAGCCUACCAGUGCGUAUGAGAGGGGCGGACUGGCUAUAUUGGCAUUCGGGCAAAUGCACGGUGGGCCGGUACCUAACUGGGCCGGUUGGUCAGUCCUCCUGGGGCCCAGGCAAUGUUUCACAGCCGUUAGAGGAGACUAUUAGGCCAAAAAGGAAGCAAAACAGAACCCAAGUUAAAGGUGUUAAAGGACGGACAAAAUUGCACUGGUGGGGAGAGAAGAAAGCCCCAACAACCAUGUCACUAUCCACACAUCGUUCCUCAAGGGGCCGAUUUAUGGUAGACAUCCGCACGGCUAACGUGGUCCAGAUAAGGAAUAUACAAGAGUUUCCUUGGUGUACUCUGCCUUCGCCUCUAACCCGAGAGCCAUCGUUAAUAGGAUGUAACACAUUACAUCUGCUUGAGUACCUUCCACGCAGAACAGUUGUGCAGAUAGGCCGAUGAAAGGAAGCUUCCACGGGUCCAGGAUUCUAAAAAUCUUUGACUGAACUCUUUGGGACAAUUACAAAUAAAUUGAUCAAAUAAAUAAAUAAAUAAAAUAAUGGUUGGUUAAUUCUAUGAA